GGGAGACGCAAGAUGGCGGCAGCCGCGAACUCCGGCUCCAGCCUCCCGCUGUUCGACUGCCCGACUUGGGCAGGUAAGCCCCCACCUGGCUUACAUCUGGAUGUAGUCAAAGGAGACAAACUAAUUGAGAAACUGAUUAUUGAUGAGAAGAAGUAUUACUUAUUUGGGAGAAACCCUGACUUGUGUGACUUUACCAUUGACCACCAAUCUUGCUCUCGGGUCCACGCUGCACUGGUCUACCACAAACAUCUGAAGAGAGUUUUCCUGAUAGAUCUCAACAGUACUCACGGCACUUUCCUGGGUCACAUUCGGUUGGAACCUCACAAGCCUCAGCAAAUUCCCAUCGAUUCCACGGUCUCAUUUGGUGCAUCUACAAGGGCAUACACUCUGCGUGAGAAGCCUCAGACAUUGCCAUCGGCUGUGAAAGGAGAUGAGAAGAUGGGUGGAGAGGAUGAUGAACUCAAGGGUUUAUUGGGCCUUCCAGAGGAGGAAACUGAGCUUGAUAACCUGACAGAGUUCAACACUGCCCACAACAAGAGGAUUUCUACCCUCACCAUUGAGGAGGGAAAUCUGGACAUUCAGAGACCAAAGAGGAAGAGGAAGAACUCACGGGUGACUUUCAGUGAGGAUGAUGAGAUCAUCAACCCAGAGGAUGUGGAUCCCUCAGUUGGCCGCUUCCGGAACAUGGUGCAGACUGCAGUCGUCCCAGUCAAGAAGAAGCGGGUGGAGGGCCCUGGUUCCCUGGGCCUGGAGGAGUCAGGCAGCAGGCGCAUGCAGAACUUUGCCUUCAGCGGAGGACUCUAUGGGGGCCUGCCCCCCACACACAGUGAAGCAGGCUCCCAGCCGCAUGGCAUCCAUGGGACAGCACUCAUUGGUGGCUUGCCCAUGCCAUACCCGAACCUUGCCCCUGAUGUGGACUUGACUCCUGUUGUUCCAUCAGCAGUGAACAUGAACCCUACACCAAACCCUGUGGUCUAUAACCCUGAAGCUGUAAAUGAACCGAAGAAGAAGAAAUAUGCAAAAGAGGCUUGGCCGGGCAAGAAGCCCACACCUUCCUUACUGAUUUGAUAUUUUUGGUC